GGCUGCGCCCAGGCGGCCCGCCGCGUCGUGGGCGCCCGCCGGGGUCCCCCGCGGCUGCCGCAGCCGCCUACGCCGUCGCCCCCGCCUCGUCGCCCGUGUCAGGCCGGGCGCCGCCUCCCCCCUGCGUCCCUCUGCGCUGCGGUCAUGUAGGAAACUGUAAAUCAUGUGAAGAUGGGACUCUUGGUCUUUGUACGCAAUCUGCUGCUAGCCCUCUGCCUUUUUCUGGUAUUGGGAUUUUUGUAUUAUUCUGCGUGGAAGCUGCAUUUACUCCAGUGGGAGGACUCCAAUUCAGUGGUUCUUUCCUUUGACUCCGCUGGACAAACGCUAGGCUCAGAAAGAAUGGCUCUGGUUACCUUGUGGAGAAUCCAUGACAAAGGGACACGACAGGACACGGGGAAAGCCGGUCGGAGGCUGUUGAUAGUAAAUCCAGAGUAUGACCGGUUGGGCUUUCUCCUGAAGCUGGACUCUAAACUGCCUGCUGAGUUGGCCACCAAGUACGCAAACUUUUCAGAAGGAGCUUGCAAGCCCGGCUACGCGUCAGCCGUGAUGACUGCCAUCUUCCCCCGGUUCUCCAAACCAGCACCCAUGUUCCUGGAUGACUCCUUCCGAAAGUGGGCCAGGAUCCGGGAAUUUGUGCCGCCUUUUGGGAUCAAAGGUCAAGACAAUCUGAUCAAAGCCAUCCUGUCUGUCACCAAAGAGUACCGCCUGACCCCGGCCUUGGACAGCCUCAGCUGCCGCCGCUGCAUCAUCGUGGGCAACGGAGGUGUCCUCGCCAACAAGUCCCUGGGGUCACGAAUUGAUGACUAUGACAUUGUGGUCAGACUGAACUCGGCGCCAGUGAAAGGCUUCGAGAAGGACGUGGGCAGCAAAACCACACUACGCAUCACCUACCCCGAGGGCGCCAUGCAGCGGCCCGAGCAAUACGAACGCGAUUCUCUCUUCGUCCUCGCUGGCUUCAAGUGGCAGGACUUCAAGUGGCUGAAGUACAUCGUCUACAAGGAGCGAGUGAGUGCAUCGGACGGCUUCUGGAAAUCAGUGGCCACUCGCGUGCCCAAGGAACCCCCAGAGAUUCGCAUCCUCAAUCCAUAUUUCAUCCAGGAAGCCGCCUUCACCCUCAUCGGACUGCCUUUCAACAAUGGCCUCAUGGGCCGAGGGAACAUCCCGACCCUCGGCAGUGUGGCCGUGACCAUGGCACUGCACGGCUGCGACGAGGUGGCCGUCGCGGGCUUCGGCUACGACAUGAGCACACCCAACGCACCCCUGCACUACUACGAGACCGUGCGCAUGGCAGCCAUCAAAGAGUCCUGGACGCACAACAUCCAGCGAGAGAAAGAGUUUCUGCAGAAGCUGGUCAAAGCACGUGUCAUCACUGACCUGACCAGCGGCAUCUGAGGCGGACCCAGCACACCGCCACCUGCCCACGGCAUUGGCCCCGGUCGGGCUCUGCCUGAGAGGCGUGGGAGCCUUCGGGCCCAGGGAAGGACAGUGCCAAGUGUCCCCAGGGGUGGCAAGGCCUUGGCAGGGCCGUCAGAGCGGUGUCUGCUCAGAGGCCAGCCCCAGAGACCAGCCCUCGGCCUCCCUCUCAGCCUGGGUCCUUGAAGCCAGAGGGCCAGGAGGCCACUGGCCGUGCCUGGCAGGCCCAGCAUGCGCGAGGCGGACAUCGGGCAGCAGGCCGGCUGCCGGAAUCCUUUCUCCAGUCAGUGUUCGGUGUAUUUUCAUUUUGUGAAUUGGGGGUGGGGGGGAGGGAGGGAUAAUUUAUUUUUGAAGACGGUUGGAGAUGUCAAGUUUGGUCCACUUGCCGUGCAGAAAGGGACCCACCGAAGGGCCCCUCGGGCAGUGGUCCCCUGGGCUCCCCGUAGAGCGGGAGUGCCAUGACUGGCCUGUGUCCUGCUCGGGGGCGGGGGGGGGGGGCACCGGGAGGUGGGCAGCCUCUCAGGCCAGCCCCGUCCAGCUCAUGACCCUGUUUGGCCUUUCUUGGGGAGCAGAUGGGAUAUUCCCACUCAGCAGCCCCUAGCUGUCCCAGAGGGAAACCCUGGAGCCAUCCUUUAAGCCCACAAGAUGCCCCCGGGCUGGAGCGGCCAGAACGUCAGAGUUCAGGGGGUGAGGCCUGGCCCAGCCUGAUGCAGCUGCAGCUGACCCCUAGGACAGUGUCCCGGGCCUGGAGUGACCCAUCUGGCAGCUCUUCUGGAUAUCAGCAAUGAGACCGCCAGGUCCUUGGGGGCUGCCUUUUGCCUGGACCACGGGGACGAGAGGCCCGAGGGCCUCUCCCAGGCUAUGGCAGUCGUCCUGGGCAGCCAUCGUGGAAGCAAUAAAGCUUUUCCCUGAA